AUGCGUGAGCUCGUGCACGUCCAGGGUGGUCAGUGCGGCAACCAGAUUGGCGCCAAGUUCUGGGAGGUGAUUGCGGACGAGCACGGUAUCGACCCAACAGGCACUUACCACGGAGAUUCUGACCUGCAGCUCGAGCGUAUCAAUGUGUACUUCAACGAGGCGACUGGCGGACGCUACGUUCCUCGUGCGAUCCUGAUGGAUCUUGAGCCAGGAACCAUGGACUCCGUCCGAGCCGGGCCAUUUGGUCAGCUCUUCCGCCCUGACAACUUUGUCUUUGGACAGACAGGAGCUGGCAACAACUGGGCCAAAGGUCAUUACACUGAAGGCGCAGAGCUCAUUGACUCUGUGCUUGAUGUUGUGCGCAAAGAGGCAGAAGGUUGCGAUUGCCUCCAGGGCUUCCAGCUUUGCCACUCUUUGGGCGGCGGCACCGGCGCUGGUAUGGGAACUUUGCUGAUCUCCAAGGUGCGCGAGGAGUACCCUGAUCGCAUCAUGGAGACGUUCUCUGUGAUCCCUUCUCCCAAGGUCUCCGACACCGUGGUUGAGCCGUACAACGCCGUCCUCAGCUUCCACCAGCUUGUGGAGAACUCCGACGAGUCAUUCCUGCUGGACAACGAAGCGCUCUACGAUAUCUGCUUCCGAACGCUGAAGCUGACAACGCCGACGUAUGGCGACCUGAACCACCUGGUCUCCGCGGCCAUGAGCGGAGUGACCUGCUGCUUGCGCUUCCCGGGACAGUUGAACUGCGAUCUGCGCAAGAUCGCCGUGAACCUUGUGCCUUUCCCGCGCCUGCACUUCUUCAUGACCGGCUUUGCGCCUCUGACCUCCCGCGGCUCGCAGCAGUACCGAGCCCUGACGGUUCCUGAGCUGACACAACAAAUGUUCGACGCCAAGAACAUGAUGUGUGCCGCGGAUCCCCGCCACGGGCGUUACCUCACUGCAGCAGCCCUCUUCCGUGGCCGCAUGUCCACCAAGGAGGUGGACGAGCAGAUGUUGAACGUCCAGAACAAGAACUCGUCCUACUUUGUGGAGUGGAUUCCCAACAACAUCAAAGCGUCGGUGUGUGACAUCCCACCGAAAGGCCUCAAGAUGGCUGUUGCCUUUGCGGGAAAUUCAACCGCGAUCCAGGAAAUGUUCAAGAGGGUGGCCGAGUACUUCACAGCCAUGUUCCGCCGUAAGGCAUUCUUGCAUUGGUACACCGGCGAAGGCAUGGACGAGAUGGAGUUCACCGAAGCGGAGUCGAACAUGAACGACUUGGUGUCCGAGUACCAACAGUACCAGGAUGCCACCGCCGAGGAGGAAGGCCAGCAAACCUGCAAGAGAAGUAUUUCAAAGCCAUUCCGACAACUAUCGAGAACUUUGUUCUUGAGCAGCUCACACUGUUACUUCAACUUUUCAGGUAUAAAGUGGUCGAACUUUCUGUGA